CACGCUUAAGUUUGUUACUCGCCUUCCGUGAUGCGCACGCGCAGACUCUACACCAUCGUUGCUCAACGUGCAGGGGUGAAAUGAUCAAAUUUUUUUUCGUCUUUUUGAAUACAUGCGUUUGACACUUUUAGAAAUGGAAGAAGUUAGUAAUAAUUUUAAAUGAUUCCGUUACAAUACAAUCUUAUUCUGGGCAACGCAUGCAUUAAAUAUCUAUUAAAGAUAGGAAAUACAGGCCUUUCACGACCACGAUCUUUCUUAACAACCCAUUCGCCCAGCCUGCUUUCAUUCUUCUGGCGGCGGGCCUUCUUAUCUCCCCGCGGAUUUAAACAGCUUCAAGGAUACGUCUGGGAUUUUAAAAUGCCUAAGAAAGAUAGUAGAACGAAAAAAACUCAGACAAAGGACAGCAUAAAAUCACCAGAGGAUGCACCUGGUCCAGUUUCAAAAGACAAAAAUGGAUUUGUUACAAUAGCCAUACAUGCCAAGCCAGGAUCUAAGCAAAAUGCUGUCACAGAUGUAUCAUCAGAAGCUGUUGGUGUGGCGAUAGCAGCACCUCCAUCUGAUGGAGAAGCUAAUGCAGAACUUCUAAAGUAUCUAUCCAAAGUCCUGGAGGUAAAGAAAAGUGAAGUUACUCUGGACAAGGGCUGUAAAUCUCGAGAGAAAAUAGUUAAGAUAUCUACUUCUUUGAGUCCAGAGGAGAUUCUUAAGAAACUGCAGCAUGAGGCUGAAAACACCUAAGAUGACUGUAAUAUGAUUUUACUGCAGUGGAGUUCACCAAAUUUGCAUUUGGGGAUUAAAAUUCAGGAACUGAACAGGUUGUCUAAAAAAUAAAGAAAACUACAAGUAAUUCUAUUUCUGCCGCUGCUUCUUGUUAAUAUGGAACUAUCUGUUUACACUUGAAAAGGCAGGUACCAAAGCAGCACAUUUGUGAUAACACUGCUUAAUACAUGAACCUUUUGUAGUGCUCCUACCAAGGAAAUUGUUGUGCUCUUUGAAAUUAUGCCACAUAAUCUGUGACGGGUUUGAAAAAUGUGUAUGCAAUUUGAAAACACAUUCUGCUUUUUCUUGUUGUAACUAAUUUUCUAGCAAUUGUUUAUCUGUCUGUUGAUAGUAUUUAACUACUGAGGAAGACUUACACCGCUAUAGAAAUGUGUCAACAUUUACAUUUUAACUACAGCUAUAAAAGGGUGUUAAGUAGAGAGACUUAAAUAUUACUUUAAUUUUAAAUUUGAGGAUUUUUUUUUUUACAUUUGUAAAAUUUCUUUCAUGCUUGCAAUUAAAUGAAAGUCUUUGUUUUAGUUGGGAAGCAGUAAAGCUGUAUUUUACACUGUGCAGUUUAAUAAAAAAGUAUAUAUGGCUUGCAUUGUUUAAUUUAUGUGUGAACAGGCAGUAUAUACAAUUUUAUAACAAUCUUCUGAAACAGAACAGUUUGUUUUUCAUCUAAUGUGUUUUUCUCAAAUGUUGGUGAAUUGGCUAUUUGAAUUUUAACAUUUCUUAAUAAAGUUCUAAAACCUCAAUAUAUUCUGUAUUAUCAAUAUAUUGAGUUUUAGUUUAUAUAGCAUCAAUAACACAGUGCAUCUUCAAAUGGUUCUUUUUCAGGGAUACAAUGCACAAUAUAAAAUAACAGUUCCACAGUAAAAGGAAUUGUUUAUAUUUUGAAAUGUAUAGAACUGAUUACGAUCUACUAAAAUGAUUUGCAUUCAUUUACGUAAAGAACAUAAAAAUAUACAGUAUAUUUAAAAUGUUUUGACACAUAAGUACAUAUUUUAAUAUAAACACAUUGUUAGUGUUGCUAUCAGAAUAGUUCUUUAUUUAAUAUGAGGCCAUAAACCAAGGGACUGAGAUAGUGUGACCUGCAAAGAGACAAGCUGUGCGUGUUCAUAAUAUUGUAACUUAAAUAUUUAGCUUACAUUCACUAUCAGUCCAUUAAUGGUACAUAAGCUUUCUAAAAAUACUUGUAAUUUAAAUGUUCAAAUAUGGCACAGAAAAAAAAUUAAAUAAGAGCUCUUGAAAGCAACAGAUGUUCUGCCUUUUACCUUUGUUGCUUUAUUCUUCUGAGACGUAGGUUCAUCAUUUGUUAGAGAUUUUAUGUGUCAUUUCAUAUCAGAUAGUACCUAGAACUAAUCAGUUGCAAUAAAUGAACUGAAGCAAGCGUUAUGUACAAAGUGUUAUAACUAAAUAAUUUUGUUUUCAAAUUAAUUUGCUUUUCAUUUGACACAUGUGAAUGCCUUUUAAAUCUGACAAGAUUCUAGUCUGGCUUAAGAGUUUGCUUCAGUUUAUUAAAUAAGAGACAUUGUGUUUUAAAAUGAGCCUGUCAGAAAAGGAUGAAAAUUUUCCACCUGUAGCACAGAUCAGUUUAAGGCCAAGCUCAGUGGAGUCUUCACCUGAAAUUGUUUCAAUAUCUUCAAGUGUUGUCAAUUACUGGUAAGUCAUUACUUUCAUUCUUAUAUAAAAUUAUGCAUUAAUUACUACAUACCCAGAUGCAGUAAGACAAUAUGGUUGUUGUGUAACAUUGAAAGUUGUAAUGUUUUUAAAAUAAUAUAUAUAGCUUAUGCUUGAACCCUGCCUUUAAAAUAAAUAAAUGUAAAGUAGGCUAGCUUAAAUGUGUAAUUCAAAUACAAAUGAAUUUGUGUAAAACGAUAUUGGUGUGUAAGUUGUUUUUUUUUGCACAUUACUUUUUGCCUGAAUUAAAGUUCUUUCAAAAGCUUUUACUUUAAA